CUCCAGGAUCUCCAGGUAGUCGACCACCACCCCGACAUCAGGCACAACAUAGUGGCAAACAUGGGGCGAAAGGCACGGACUUUCCUGUGCAUGUUUUUGGACAUGUGGGAGGAAACCGGUGAACCUGGAGAAAACCCCCCCACACACAGAGGAGAACAUGCAAGCUCCACACAGAAAUGCCCAAACUGGAAUGCAAACCAGCAACCUUUCCGCUACACCCAGUAUCAACAACAACAACACAGUGGCAGGUCCCUCCUCAUCAUGAGAACAGCUCCAGCCUACAUUACCAUACAGGAGCUGGGAGGCCAGUGAAAGGCUCACUCUGCCGUCUAUAUGCCUGGUUGCCCCCUAACAGGAUUAAGGGGAUAUGCUACUCUAAUCUGCUGGCAGGCUUUAGGAGGAGACGCUUCCACACACUCCGCAGACUCUGUGGUCAACACGGAGAAGGAGAGAGGGAUGUUUGGUUGUUACUGCAGGGGAGCGCACGCACACACACAUACGCGUGUACCCACACAGUGUUUAUGGAUGUGAAGCAGAGGUAAACAGAUGUGACGACUGAAUGGCCCCUUGUGUAGCAGACAUGACAGCAGAGGAAACCUGUGGCCCAUUGGUGCUGAGUCCUGUGGGAGGGGUCAAGUUAAUGCCAGAGGAGGAACUCCACAGCUGCAACCUGGAAGUGGCAGAGUAUCACACAGAUGUUCCCACUGAGGAAUGUGCAGCAGUGACCGACAGCAGUGUGUGUGCUGAGGAGCCAUUCUGCAGGAUCUGCCAUGAAGACGGGGCCUCCGGGGAGCUGCUGUCCCCCUGCGACUGCUCCGGCAGCCUGGCCAUGGUGCACCGCGCCUGCCUGGAGCAAUGGCUCACCACCUCCAACAGUGGCCACUGUGAACUCUGUCACCACCAGUUUGCGCUAAAGCGAAUGCCAAAACCUCUCACCGAGUGGUUGUGUGCUCCGUCCAUGCAGCAGCAGAGGAGGACGCUGUGCGGUGACACGGUGUGCUUCUUGUUCAUCACACCACUGGCCAGCCUGUCAGGGUGGCUGUGUGUCCAAGGAGCGAAGGACCUCUACUACACCAACGGCAUGGAGGCCCUGGGGCUGAUGGUCCUCACACUGGCUCUGUUUACUAUCUACGUCUUCUGGACUGUGGUAUCCGUGCGCUACCACAUGCAUCUCUUUGCAACAUGGAAGAAGACGGACCAGAGAGUGCGACUGCAGAUUCCCUCGUCUGGCCACAGAACAAACAACCAUCAGACUCUGUCCAUCAGCAGCCUGAGCAAAGCCACCAACAAAGAGACAAUGGUGUAGGGCUGCGUUCUUCUACAAUCAACACACCUCCCAUGUAAGGAAAGUGAGUCACAAGGCCCCAGAACACAGACGGGUGACUGUUAAACCACAAAACCUUGUGUGGAAACUUAGACUUUGAAACAACAUAUGUGUAAAUAGAGUCAUUCUUCACACGUAAGAUAUUUUUAUAAUUCCUCUUUUAAUUGCCCAUUACAGUAUGAAAAAUGUACAUUGAAAUGUAGUUUGUUGUAAUGAUUUGUAAAUACACUUAUUGAUGGAUAUUUUAAUUGUAUAGUUUAUAACUGAUGAAAGGCUUUAUCACUAUUUCUGCUACUCUUGUCGACACCAACGAACUAUGAGACGGUUGUGGUGUCUCCUACCGUCCCUUUUAAAGUCUCUUGAAGCCUCACUUUUCUGUUCCUGCCUGACAGCAGUGGAAGCAGAGAUGUUCCAUCCAUCUCAAUGUUUGACAUGUUUUUACCUGAGUGUGGAUCCGUCAGCUCCAAUCCGUCCGACCUUUGUUCUCUGACCUUACUCCUAAACACGGAACUGCUGCUCUCUGGAUGCUGUUUUUGGCCCCAAGUCAAAAAAAAAAAAAAACACUCACUAGUUCCACGAAAUAAAGUCACUGAGAUCACA